CACACACUCACUCUCUCUCUCUCUCUUUCUCUCUUUCUGUCCGUCUUUCUUACUUUCUCUCUCUCAGUCAGUAAUAAUGGAGCCCAGCAGUCCGAAGAAGAUCCAGUUUGCUGUGCCUCCGCUGCAGGGACAGCUGGACCCGCAGGCCGCCGAACAUAUCCGUCGCAGAAGACCGACUCCUGCCACUCUGCAGAUCUACAGACAACCUGGCACAGAUGUCGGAGAUCAACACGCCAGCGGAGAGUCGCAGGCUUCAGACGCCUCCCAGAGGAAGCAGAGCACCUAUGCCCCGCCCACCAUGAAAGAACUUCAACUGGGGGUGGAGCAACAACUUCUGGGGGCGGAGCUCUGUGAGACAGACAGCCAGCUGAGCCCAGUCACAGCACAGCUCUAUGCCACUGCUUCCCUGUGGGCCAAUCACAAUGGGCCAGAGGAAGCCAAUGGGAAUGAGGCGAGUCUGCUGUUAGCCAAUCAGGAGAGAGGAGUGGCAGAGAGCAGCAGUUCAGGGGGUAAAAUGUUUUCAGACAGAAACACAUUUUGGCCACCAUUCACUCCAUACACUGUGCUACAACCAGAGUCAUACAACAAGUAGUUCCGACGAAGCAAUCUGAUUGGUCAGAUAGACAUUUAGAAUAUAAUUAAAGCAACAUGACAGCACACCUUCCUCAUCACUAAAUAUAUCACUCCGCCAUUAGCAUGGUGCAAUUUGUGGAAAAAAAUAAAAUAAAAUUAAAAACGGGGGAUGUUUUUAUAUUUGGGUGAGCCUCACCGUUAUUGCCGCGACGACUUAUUCUGUUAUUAAUUUCAGUGGCAAAAUUCUAACAAAUAGUAACCAGCAGACCACUGGAUUAUUUUGCUCAAUGACAAAAAUAGUUAUCAAAUAAGAACAAAUACUUAUUUCCUCAAUUUUAUUCAAAUGCAUUAAGAGGCAACCAUAAAAGUGACUUUUCUUAAUAAACAUUCUUUAUAUUAACAAUCACAUGCGACAUGGAAGCAGUUGCCUGUAGCCUCAACAUCAGGCGUAAAUUAAAACUCAGCUCUGAAGUCUCUUUUGGUGCAGCUGUGUUCAGCAGCGGUGGAGGAAGCAUGGGAACUAUUUUCUUUCUGUAUUGCUACACAGAAAAGUGCACCUGUUCAUGAACAAUAGGCUCACACUGAGCUGUGACUAACUAACUGGUUAGUCACUAAGCUAACUAAGGAGUGAAAAAAGUACAAGUACCUCAAGUUUUGCAGUUGAAUAGUACUUGAGUACAUGUACUUAGUUGCAUUUCGAAACACGCUGCCUGCCUAGCAGAGAUGAAAUGAGCUACAAGGAGAGUUAAAAUGACAAACCUGCUCACACUCAGUCUGUUACUGACACUUCACUCUGUAUUUACAUUUCCAUGGUAUAACAUAUAACGUGACACUCUGUUCUGUACCUCUCUUGACUACUAACAGCACUAACUCCUCUCCCUCUCUUGUCCUUCCUCCUCCUCUUCUGGCUUUGCACGAUUUUUCAUCUUCCUAUUCCCUCUUUCUCUUUAUCCUCCUCUCCCUCCCUCUUUCUGCGUCUUCUCAGAUUUGUCAUGUGACCACAAAAAGGAAGCGUCCAGUCCCGACUCCGUGUCCCGAUAGCCACCUUCACUCGCUUGUUUCCGUCUGUCUCUUGAUAACCACCUCCUCCCUCUCACUCACUGCUGUUCAUCCCAUUAACACGCUGCUUCACUGUCGUGCUGCUCGUAACUCCUGUAUGUUUGGACCUGCCGUCUCUCUCUUUAAAGCAUACAUACAGACACGUGCACUUAGGGAUUUUAGUUGAAUGUACUAAAUCAGUCUAAAUUUAAAUUACUGCAGGUGAUGUUGGUGCUUAUGUAGAAAUGGCUGUGAAUAAAGAAGUAUUAUACUGAAA